AAGUAUUUUGCCAGGCUUCCCCCACACGAGGCAUGUUGGGACUAGCUGGAUUCCCUGGCUGCAUCUUCUGUGGUUGGGACUCGGCACUGCUCACAAUCCACAAAUCCAAUCGUACAAAGACGCCAGCAUCAAGGCCUCCAUUUAGUAGAAACUUAGCCAGGUGCUAGAUUUUAUUGCAAAGAAAUGUACUUAGAGCUAUGCAACAUAGAUACACACAUAAAUAUUGUUUUCACUCCAUUCUGCCCCUGUAUUUAUGGGCCCAGCUUUCUCAUAGCACCUAAAGACAAACCUUCAAAAGGAGGAAUUUGUUCCCACCAUUUAAUGAGGUUUACAUGUUAUCCCUGCACCAUGUUGCCUGGCAGAUUCCCUCCUCUGAUAGAACAGCAACUCCAUCUUUCCUGUAAAAGCAACAGAUUUUGAAAAGCAGCUCUAAAAUAAGGUAUCUUCAUCUGCAAUCGUGUGUGCCUACCACAGAACUGCUCAGUCCAUCCUGCAUCAUCAGUUUUCACCAUUUAUGAUGUACCUGACAGCCGCAAAGAAGCUAGUCACUCUCAAAUGUUCAUCUAAGUACCCAUUCCCAUACUGUGAUGCUGAAAUGCUGAAUGAAUGAAAGGGUUCUGACAGACCUUAGCAUUUGUUUAUUUUGGUCCAUAGGAAAUCGCUGCUAGGAAAGAGACCUCUUGGAGGACUUUCGGAAGGAGUGUUCACAGCCUGUAUUUUGUUAAGCCACUAACAGCCAUCUGGCUAAAAUGCAGCAUCUGGGAACUUUCUGAAAUCAAAUGGAAUUUUAAAAGGAGCAGUGAGAGCAACUGUCCCCUUUUUCCUCCUUCCUACACAAUGAGCAAGUUGAAAAAAAAGGUGUUUCUUUGCACAAGUGGCCAAAUGCCUUGCCACAUGAUAUUUGGCUUGGAAAAAUUUACUCAGAAAAAGACAGGACAAGACAGCAGAAUAGCAUGCUAUUGAGGCUUCAGGAAGCUGCUGAGAUGUAAAUAAUUGGAGCCUGGAUGGAGAUGCUGGGGACCAUCCCUACAAAGAGCUACUGCAGGCCACUGGUAGAAGGAGACAUGUGUUGUCCCUUCUGGGCAAUCACUGGGCUGCAGCUGAGCCCAGUUGCUGUCUCUGGAUCCACUCUGCUCACCUUGCGAGGGUACUGUAGGGGGGCUGGGAAUAACAAGACUGUCUCAGAAACAUAACUGAUUAACUUAGCCCAAGGACUUACACAGGGCCUAGCUCCUUCUUUUACCAUCCAAACAAAAGAGCAGCCAAGAUGGCUUUGUCUUCACUGAAACCUUUGCCUUUUCCAGAAAUAAAGAUAAGACAUUUGAGAGCUGGCUUUUUAAUUUUUUUUUUUUUUUAAAUCUGUUUUUCAGGAACAACAUGACAGAUGGCAAUUAGAGGAGAGAAACCAUAAGUCAUGGGCCAGAGAAGAAAACGCGUUACAAAAGGGAAAGUGGGCCAUGCAGAAAAAGCCUGGCUAAAAUAAAUAAGAUGUAGGGGAUAUAGUAGCAUCAUUAUGCCUUUUUCCAGGAAAUGAUCUGACCGAACCAGACCCUAUCUCUGGCCUAUCAGAAACAUAAACUUGCCCACUUCCUCCCCACUGGGAGUAUACAAACAGCUUCCCAAGUGUCAGCCCUUGUCCUCCUUCAUGCUCAUGCUCAUCUCAGGGGCCUUGGCUCUGAAUUCUGAAAUGCUUCAAAUAUAUCCUUGUUGCUACAGAGAGUUUAGGAUAGGAAAGACCCAGGAACAAAGGAGAAACAGGAAUUUAUGCAUUAUCAUGUUCCGUGACUGGUAAAUAUCUUUCAAUAAGUCAUCCAAUGAGGCAAAGAGGCAAAGGUUGAACUGCAGCAAUCCACUCCAGCCAGCCAAUGCUUUUUGCGUUCAUGAAACAGUGAACGCAGAAGACGGUACCGGGAGAAACAGGGAAAGAAGAGUAUCAGCUUAAUCAGAAACGGAUUUUUUCAACAACUCACAGCUCACCAUGGCUCGCUCUCACUGGCUCCUCACUUCUGUGGUCUUUCUUCUGUCCUUCAUAACAUGUGUUUCAGCACAGCAACAAGGUAAGCUCUUGCAGGAGGUCCAUGACCACAGAGGAGUAACCCCUGUGGCAGCAGGUUGCACUGUUAUAGGCAGGAGAUUUUUACACUCCUACUCUGAGACAGCUUUGUCCAACAACCUUCUCUCCAAUGGUAACCAGAGGCAUCUCAGGUCUCACCCAACUCUGUCACAAUGUGAAUCCCUGGGCAAUUUUGUGUCUCAUUUGUGUGUUUUUCCAGGAUGUUCUGUCAAUAAUACACAACCAAGAGUUUAUGAAAAUAACCCUCCUGGCUACGUGGUGACCACAAUCCAUGUAGAACCAGACUUCAUUGUAAUGAUUGAUCCUAAUUCCCCCGAUGCCAGUUUUUUCACUAUACGGGGGUCUGAGCUGCAGCUGAACCGAAGCGUGGACUAUGAGAAAGACACCUUGUUGCUGGUGGACCUGAUUUGUCAGAACACUGCUGGGCAGAGAGAUUCUUUGGAAAUUCUUGUGACCAUUCUCAACAUGAACGAUAACAGCCCAGUUUUUAAGCAAAUGAAUCUCACUGAAGUUGUUCCUGAGGAUACAAAAGUGAAUGCAACCAUUGUAGCCCGUGAAGAUUUAAGCGCUACUGAUGCUGACCUGGACACCAUCUCUUACGAACUCACAACAAUAGUGCCGGGCACAGAUGGUUAUUUUGCCAUAAAAGGAGUUAAUAGCCCAGAAAUUUAUUUACAAAAAGCUUUGGACUAUGAGAAAUUUAAAUUUACGACAUUGGUCUUGUAUGCAAGGGACAGGCCUGUGGGCAGCAUCGACACCACCAACACAGCUACCAUAACAAUAAACAUAUUUAUUGAACAAGCUGACACCAAAUCACCCUGGUUCCUACCCUGUACCUUCAUUAACAUGGAAAAUAACAUUUGCAUCAGCAGCCCCUAUACUGGGAGGAUCAAUAUCUCUGAGAUGUCGACAGAACCACUCAUCCUAGAGCCGGGGCCUAUCUAUGCUAUUGAUCCUGACUACACUUUAAAUGAAAAAAUCAUGUACAGUAUUGUUGGUGGGAAUACAGACAAUGUCUUCUCAGUGGAUGCAGACACAGGGAAUCUAACUAUGAACAAAGUAGCAACUUCCCCAGACUCAUACCUACUGCAAGUCAUGGCCACCCAGGUCAACAACAUACAGAAAUACUCCAUAGUCAGUGUAGAGAUUAAGGUCAUCAAUAAAAGUGAUUAUCCACCAUUCUUUGAGAGCAGGAUCUACUACGGGACUGUAUUUGUUGGUCUGGCCCCGAGAAGCUUUGUCUUCCACACUGGUGAUACUUCAAGCCCCCUGAUGAUAACAGCAGCGGAUGAUGAUUUCCCUAAUAAAGUCAACCCAAACAUUGAGUACUACAUAAAAAACAGCACCGAUUUCAUUGCAACCAAAGAUGGACUCAUCCUGACAAAUGUGAUGCUGCAGUCACCAGGAACUGUAACCAUCGAGGCUGUUGGAAAAGAUAUGGUGAGCCUGCAGGAGGCGAGCACAGUAAUCGUGGUGGAGGUCAUCCUUGCUGCAGCUGUAACCUCCUCUGAUAAGAUACACAGUGCUCAGGAUAUGGCUAUCUUAGGUGGUACAUUAGCAGCACUGCUAUUAAUUGCCUUAGUCUUCCUUGGAGUGAUGAUAUAUAAACAGUAUGGAAAACAAGUCAAAUACAUGAUAAGGAAAAACUUCUCCAGGGAAAUCUCUGGGGGUUACCACAACGAAUCUUACAAGCCAGAUGAACACCCAGAUGUGAGCACCAAACAGCAUGAGACUUCAGAAAACAGCAGUGUCCAGUCAACAACACAUGUGCUAGAGCAGCCAGCACUUCCCUUGCCCUCUUCCAAAGCAGAAGAAAUUGAUAGCCUCCCAAAGGCUUCUAUAGCUUCCACCAUCAUCUUUGACCAGGAAGAGAAAGAGGAAGAAGUGGAAGAAGAGACUGAGCAUGAGAAAGUGAAGUCUAUCCUCAAGACAGACAGGCAUGUGGCAGAUGAUGGUUACAAAGCUGUGUGGUUUAAGACCGAUGUGGAUCCAGAUGCUGGAGAGAGGGUUGCAGUGAUUGAGGACAAUGCAGCAGAUGGUGAUGAUGACAGUGACCAAGAUCUGCAGAACGAUGAGGAGGAGCAGGAAGAAGAUUAUGACAAGGACUAUCACCACAGAGGUCUGGGAGUGUCCUUUGCCUCAGAGAGCUCAUCACUCCCAGCUGCAGAAGUGAUAGUCAACACAUCUCGCACAGAUGCAGUGACAGAAGAUGACAGUGACAUAUAAUGGAAAUAGACCUGCACUCCCCUCCCCAAAAAUGGGGGAAUCUCAGCUGCUUUGCUGACAUGAAGCCCAUCUUUCUGCUCAGGGGGGAAACUGGAAUGCAGGAGGACAAGGUUGCCUGUCCUGCUUGUCUGAAUGCAGCAAUUAAAUCUGGAAGAGAUUACAGCUAAUUCAACAUUUUAGUGAGACCUUGAAAUACCACUUAGGAUUUGGGGGGGCGGGAAACACAUAUCUCAUCUCUCCACCUUCCUGCCUGUUCCCCCUGGGGCCCCUUACAUCACAUUUCCCAAACUGGCUGCAGGUAGAGCAGAGAUGUAGCUGAACUGACUUUGAAGCAGUUAGCCCAGCUCACGGUAGCAAUUUAGUUACAAGACCCAGUGUUCAUCUUCUCUUGGUGGGUAAAUAAGUCAGCACUGACUGCUUGGCUGUUCCCUUUAGGGUGUUACAGUUUGAUACCAGCUGCAGGGUGUAACCCAGCGCAAGUCACCCUGGCCGUGCAGUUGCUCAUAUGACUGUAUCCAGGAGCUCACUUCAGGGCUUGGCUCUGCUCUCUGCUGUGCCAGACUCUGUGCUCCCAGCACAAGCAGCUGGCAUGUGCCAACAUGGUCCUCGUCCUGCCAGCAGCCGAGUGUUUACAUGCUCAGGAGCUGCUGUUUCCUCUAUCACUGGUAAGCAAGGACUGAUCACAUGUUCUUUACUGAAGGACUUUGUCAUCAAUUUUUCUAUGUCAUAAAACCACUAAUCGUGCAGUA